AACAGGAGAGACGCUGCUGCCUUUCUAACACUGUAACUGCUGCUGGGAGUUGAGAGUAAGACGGGAAGAAACUGCUUUGUUUUGCUCGGAUAAACACGCAUGAACCGCAGGCAUGUGCGUGUUAGGAGUUGUGUUCUGCCGAACGCUUUGCAGUUUCUCUAAACAUCGCCUGAGAAUGACCAUCCCGAGCAGGUCAGUGGUAUCAGCCAGAGACUGCUCUGAGGCUGGAAACAGCAGGAACACUCUGAGGUGGGACUUGUCUCCGGCUGAGAUCAGAACCACGACAGACAGCUUGAUAGCCAGAAUAAAGAAGGUCUAUGACGACGUUGGAUCUUCAAACAUUGAGAAUGUCUCUGUUGAAAACACGCUGGAAGCUUUGGCUAAUGCCAAGCUGGAUUAUGCAUCAUCACGGCACAUCCUUGACUUCCCACAGUACGUUUGUCCCAAUAAGGAGGUCCGAUCAGCGAGCACAGAGGCAGAUAAGAAACUGUCCGAGUUUGACGUGGAGAUCAGCAUGCGGGAAGAUGUGUUCCAACGAAUCACUGCCUUGCAGAAAAAGCUUCCAGACAAUCUUUCACCUGAAGGGAAGAGAUUCUUAGACAGACUUGUCACCUUGGGCCAGAGGAAAGGAUUACACAUGUCUACAGAUAUACAGGAGGAAGUAAAAAGAACCUCCAAGCUCAUCAGUGAACUUUCCAUAGAAUUUAACAAAAAUCUGAAUGAGGACAACACAUUCCUUGUUUUUUCUGAGCAUGAACUGGGUGGACUCGCUGACAGCUACCUGAAUGGCCUGGAGAAGACAGAGGAGGGACGGUAUAAAGUGACCCUGGAAUAUCCCCAUUACUACCCUCUGAUGAAGAGGUGUCACAAUCCUGAAACAAGGAGGAAGAUGGAAACAGCUUUUCACAGCAGGUGUAAAGAGGUCAACACAGCGAUCCUCGAACAGCUGAUCCAACUCAGGGCACAGGUUGCAGACAUACUUGGUUACAGUAGCCAUGCAAACUAUAUGCUGGAGAUUAACAUGGCUAAAAAUGCAAGCAAUGUGUCUGACUUUAUAGAUACGUUCCAUGGAAGACUGAAGCCCAUUGGCAUAAAGGAGAGGAAAUAUAUCCUUGCACUGAAGAAGAGGGAGUGCUUGAUGAAGGGCUACCUGUUUGAUGGGCAGAUCAAUGCCUGGGACUUGCCCUACUACAUGAAUCAAGUGGAGCAGUGCAAGUUUGCUGUGAACAAGGACAAACUGAUCGAGUAUUUCCCUCUCCAAGUGGUAACAGAAGGACUGUUUGAUAUCUACCAGGAGCUGCUGGGUCUCACGUUCACAGAAGUGGAGCAUGCUCAUGUGUGGCAUGAAAACGUCAAACUUUUUUCAGUCCAUGAUGCAGAAACAGGAGAGGAGAUUGGACAGUUUUACCUGGACUUGCAUCCAAGGGAAGGAAAAUAUGGCCACGCAGCUUGUUUUGGGCUCCUGCCUGGCUGCAGAGGGCCUGAUGGAAAACGCAGACUUCCAGUAGCAGCGAUGGUAGCUAACUUUACCAAGCCCAGGAAAGACUGGCCCUCUCUCCUGCAGCACCACGAAGUGGAGACCUAUUUUCAUGAGUUUGGUCAUGUGAUGCAUGAGCUCUGCUCUAAGACCACUUUUUCAGAAUUCAGUGGCACUCUGGUGGAGACUGACUUUGUGGAGGUGCCAUCUCAGAUGCUGGAGAACUGGGUUUGGGAAAAAGAGCCUCUAAGGAGAAUGUCUCGCCACUACAAAGACGGCUCGCCAAUUCCAGACAAUCUGCUUGACAAGCUGAUUGCCUCCAGAGUAGCUAACACCGGUCUGAUGAACCUGCGCCAGGUCGUCCUCAGUAAAGUGGACCAAUCACUUCACUCCAGCUCCAGUGCUGACACAGCUGAAGUGUUUGCAAAGCACUGCCAGGACAUCCUGGGUGUUCCUGCAACUCCAGGCACCAAUAUGACAGCCAGUUUCAGCCACUUGGCCGGAGGAUAUGAUGGUCAAUACUACAGCUAUCUGUGGAGUGAAGUUUACUCCAUGGACAUUUUUUUCAGUCGCUUUAAACAAGAAGGCAUCAUGAAUCCAAAGGUUGGAAAAGAGUACAGAAGGGUGAUACUGGAAGCUGGUGGCUCUGUGGAUGGGAUUGACAUGCUGAAGACCUUCCUUGGGCGAGCGCCAUGUCAGGAUGCCUUUUUUCAGAGCAAGGGACUGAUUAAGACACAGGAAACACAAACGUCAUAAUUUGAUUUACUUUGUCAUUUUGGGGAAAAAAAAAAACAAGUUUGAAUGCUGUGCAAAUGGAAAUGGAAAAAUAAAAAGAGAAGAAGCGAGUUCAAAUCAUUUAAACUCUGUUUUUAUUUGAAAACAAGUAAAGAGAACUACUGCCACCAUCUAUAAGCCUGAGCUUAUCGAAGAUGGACCGAGGUAAAGUGGUAUGAUGAGGGAAAACUUUGCACAGUAUUUGGAAAGUAUGAAUGCUGUGUACUCUAGGCUAAAAACAGGGAAGGAUCCAUUUGGCCUGAUAUCAGAGACAGUUUAAAAUCCAGCACCACUGAUGGAACUGGGUGCAUUAAUGCACACUGCACAAGCAACUUGCAAGUCUGUGAAGGCACCAUUAACUCUGACCAAUAUACAGAGGUUUUUCCAGAUUAUAUCUUAUUAAUAGGAGUCUAAAAAUGUGGGAAAUUAAAGAAUUUGUUUUUUAAUAGUAGGAUAGUGCAGAUCUUUGUAUAGAUGCACUGAAGGAAUUUG